CAGCUGAAGACCAGACGCACGCAGCGCGCGCAUGGACACGGAUGGGUUGUUGGCAACAUUACGCAGCAGGAGAGUGAGGAAAAGUACCGAACAAAGUCGAUAGUGGGUGAAAUUAUAAGUAAAUUGGCUUGCAAGUAUGUAUUCUACGCACCAAAUUGUUUUAUUUUCCCCGCAGUCGAUUCUGUAGCCUAUCUUGCAGAACCGCCGUCAGACGUCUUCUCAUCUCAGGACAGUUGAAAACGAAGUCACGACGAAGAAUGAAGAAACACUGAAAAAUGUAGCCAACUGAGAUAUUCAAAGCUGCACAUGAGUGUACAAAGUCCUCAGCGCAAACCGAAGCCGCUCUUUAAGUUUUUUUGGUCCAAGAGGAGAGAAAAUGAUUCCACCAGCUAACAUCAUGCAAGACGAGAGUUUGGGCAAGGAGAACGAGCGCGAGCAGCACGAGACCCCUCAGUCACCAGCGCCCAGCGCGAGUCAACAGGAGACAAAGGUAGUGGUACCCAAGAAGAUGCAGAAGCUGAAGCGCUCCCUCUCCUUCAAGACCAAGAGCAUACGCAGCAAGAGCGCUGAUAACUUCUUCCAGCGCAACAACAAUGACGCCAAGCUGUCGACGGAGCUGCUCUCUGACAACAGCAGCAGCACGUGCCAACUGAGCGUAAUCGGGGUGGCGGUGGCCCAUCCCGUCCACCCCGUCCACCCAGUCCACCCCGUCCACCCCGUCCACCCCGUCCACCCCGUCCACCCAGUCCACCCCAUCCACCAUGCCCCCCCUCUCUCAACCUCCAACCUGGUGAUCUCUAAUGCGCCCCCGGCCAUCCCGUGCGCCCCCCCUUCUUUGGUCUACUCCCCGGGACGCCACCCCCUUGCCAUCGACCCCACUGGACACGGCUUCAUGGAGCACAUCUUCAAGAAGCCCACCUUCUGCGACGUCUGCAACCACAUGAUCGUAGGCACCACCUCGAAGCAUGUGGUGAUGCUGGCAGGCAACACGGCCAAACAUGGCCUCCGCUGCAAAGCCUGCAAGAUGAGCAUUCACCACAAGUGCGAGAAAGGAGUGGGAUCGCAACGCUGCCAAGGCAAGCUGCCGAAGGGCUUUCGACGGUACUAUAGCUCCCCACUGCUGAUAACGGAGCAAUUUGGCUGCAUCAAAGAAGUCAUGCCCAUUGCUUGUGGCAGUAAAGUGGACCCUGUGUAUGAAGCUCUCCGGUUCGGGACGUCUCUGGCACAGAGGAACAAGAGGUCCAGUGCCUCCGAGUCCCCCCACAGGAACUCUACUAGUGACUUACCCCAGGUUCCAGAAGAGGCCGUCGCUCACAGCAGUCGACAUGAACUCACCAGGAAGCACAGUGAUAAUGUGUUCACAUCACUUGAGAAUGGGACGGAGCCCAUUCCCUAUUGCCACGUGGCUGAGAGGAAACCUGAUGAUUCACUGGAGAGGAGAUGGCUGCAGAAGGACACACUGCAGCUCAACACCUACGUUGCUUUGUUUACAUUCACUCCCCAGGAGAGUGAAGACCUGGAGAUGAGACCCGGAGACAGAAUCGUACUGGCGGACGACUCCAAUGAUGACUGGUGGAAGGGCAUGAUCGAGGACAGGAUCGGUUUCUUCCCAGCAGCCUUUGCUCACCAGGUGAAGACCGGGGACAGAGUGUUCAGGUGUCACCGGACGUUCAUCGGCUGUAAGGGGCAAGGCCAGAUCACUCUGAAGGAGGGUCAGAUUUGUGUAAGCGGUGAGGAUGAACACAGUGGCUUCAUCCGAGUGGCCAGUGGAAAGAAGAGAGGCUACGUGCCCUGCGAUGUCCUGGAGAACAUCUGAGAGAGAGAGAGAGAAAUAGAGAGCGCUGGAGAGAGAUAACGAGAGGGAGGGAAGGAGGGAAGGAGAGGCACAGUGUCACACUCCCAUGAUGCACAGGGAUGGCUCUGACAGUAGCUCUGAUCAGAUGCCAACCUCAGGCGCGAGGGGGAGGACGAUUGUUCCCACGAAAUGGCCGCCUGAGACCAUGGAGGAAAUGCUCUGUUUAGCUGUGGAUCCAAACUCCGAAAUAUUGCUGUUGCCAUUAAGGGAAUGGCUUUGUCAGAGUCAGAGCCAAGCUUCCUCAUUCCCUUUUAGCCUGAAGGGGAAAAUGUUGCGACGGAUCAGAUAACCUGACUUUGUGCUCACAGGGAGGGAGAGUGGGGUGAUUGUAUCUCUGGAUUUGGUUUGAUUUUUAUUCCGAUUUUGUUUGAUUUCAAAUACAACUUGUGCAUUGUUUGUUCUUUGUGGGAUUUCCCAGUGGAGAAUACAGGUGACGCAUCAUGCAUGAAUAUACUGAAUGUACUCCUGUGUCUACUGCUGAGACAGAGAGAGCAAGGAAAGCAACUUUCGGCAACUUUCUUUAUGCAUACAUUCUUGCUUAUUUAGCAUCAGCUGCAGUAUGUUUGAACCGCCUGUUUAGCCUAAAGCCCAAAUGAUCAAGCACUUGUUCUCUAUGUCAAAUAGCUGCCUAUAGGCCUAGAUUCUGUUCUGAAAUAAUAAAAUUAUAUUUUAUUCACUUACGCUAACUUUGAUGCAAGCAGUUGAGGUUACAAACAGCAUAUUUAUCAAAAGCAUAGAAGAUAAGUCCCUUUUCUUCUAUGCUCGUAUAAUGGUUCUACUGAGUCUUGAUAGCCUCUAGCUGACAAUUACAGACCCAUUCUCCCAAGACAGAGUCUUUUUAUCCGUCCCUCUGUGAUACAACAAAUUCCACGCGUUGGUUUUGUCACUGGAGAGGAACAACAAAAAUAAUUAGACGAAGCAGAAAUGUAUCAAGAUUUCUGAGGGAGUAUUGUUCAAAGGAGUCAGACGCAAUCAAAGAUGAGGAGUUUUUUUUUCUUUCUUUCAAAUAAAUAUUUUGCACAAAUCUAGCUAGUGAUGUUCCUAGUCUAGCUGCUUACCCAUCCACAUUUGCAUUUUUAAAAAAUCUGACACUACAAAAGGACUACAAUUAAGAUUUUUACAAAAACCUGUCAAAUAGAUUUGGUGAAUAUUCCAAAACAAUGAAUACCUUAUUUGCAACUUAAAGUCUGGUGAUAAUGUUCUCUUCAGGUACAGUGGGGAAAAAAAGUAU